AAGCCAUCUCUUCCUCACUGCACUCUGCAGCUCAGCAACAAUGUCUUCCCUCACUUCCCUAAUCCGUCGCAGAAGAAGCCAUUACUUUCCUCUCCGUUUCUAUGGAUCCUCGUCUGCUGCGUCGUCGACAGAUUCGGUAGGUCGAUCCAGCGGAAGAAUUGACAAGAUUUUGAUAGCCAAUAGAGGUGAAAUUGCUUGCAGGAUUAUGCGGACCGCCAAGAGGUUGGGGAUUCGGACGGUUGCCGUUUACAGUGACGCCGAUGAGAGCAGCCUACAUGUUAAAUCGUCUGAUGAAGCUGUUCGAGUUGGUCCUCCUCCGGCUCGCCUUAGCUACCUCAACGCUUCCUCCAUUAUUGAAGCUGCUUCCAGAACUGGCGCUCAGGCUAUCCACCCAGGUUAUGGUUUCUUAUCAGAAAGCGCUCACUUUGCUCAACUCUGUGAGGAUGAGGGUUUUACAUUUAUUGGACCCCCAGCCUCUGCAAUUCGAGACAUGGGUGAUAAAAGUGCUUCAAAGACAAUUAUGGGUGCAGCAGGAGUUCCCCUUGUGCCUGGUUAUCAUGGUGCAGAGCAAGAUAUUGAUCUCAUGAGAUCUGAGGCAGAUAAAAUUGGAUAUCCUGUGUUGAUCAAGCCAACUCAUGGAGGAGGAGGGAAGGGGAUGAGGAUUGUUUAUGAUCCAGCUGAAUUUGUCGAUUCAUUUGUUGGAGCACAACGAGAGGCUGCUGCAUCCUUUGGAAUAAACACCAUCUUGCUGGAGAAAUAUAUCACAAAACCAAGGCACAUAGAAGUUCAGAUUUUCGGGGACAAAUAUGGUAAUGUUAUACAUCUUAAUGAGAGAGAUUGUAGUGUCCAGAGGAGACACCAGAAGAUUAUUGAAGAAGCACCUGCUCCAAACAUAGGUAGUGACUUUCGGUUGCAUCUGGGCCAGGCAGCUGUAUCUGCUGCAAAGGCAGUCAAUUACCACAGUGCUGGUACUGUUGAGUUUAUAGUUGAUACCCUUUCUGGAGAGUUUUAUUUUAUGGAGAUGAACACGCGUCUUCAGGUUGAACAUCCUGUUACAGAGAUGAUUGUUGGUCAAGAUCUUGUGGAGUGGCAAAUUCGUGUGGCCAAUGGAGAACCUCUUCCAAUUUCUCAAUCACAGGUGCCCUUAUCAGGCCAUGCAUUUGAAGCCCGCAUAUAUGCUGAGAAUGUACCAAAAGGAUUCCUCCCAGCAACUGGAAUGCUGCAUCAUUAUCGUCCUGUUCCAGUUUCUCCAGAAGUAAGGGUUGAGACUGGAGUUGAGCAGGGGGAUACAGUUAGCAUGCAUUAUGAUCCCAUGAUAGCUAAACUAGUGGUCUGGGGACAAGAUCGAAUGGGUGCAUUAAUCAAAAUGAAGGACUGCCUGUCAAAGUUUCAGGUUGCAGGUUUGCCAACCAAUAUUGAUUUUCUUUUAAAAAUUUCAAAUCAUGGAGCUUUUGAAAAUGGAGAUGUUGAGACCCAUUUCAUUGAGAUGCAUAAAGACGAUCUGUUCAUUGAUCUGAAUGAUGAGUUAUCCACACAGCAAGUGUAUCAGCCUGCUGUACAUAGCGCUGCCAUUGCAACUGCUUGUAUUUUAGAAAAAGAACAGGCAGAAAUGGGAAAAAGUGCUCCAGGUAGCCUUUCUGUUUGGUAUGCUAACCCUCCUUUUCGAGUCAAUCAUCGUGCCAAGCGAUCAGUGGAGCUUGAUUGGGAAAAUGAAUCUAGCAAGGGUGGCUCAAAACUUGUACCGCUGCAUGUUACUUAUCUGUCUAAAGGGAAAUAUUUGAUCGAGAUGGAAGGAGGGAGCUUUCCUAGUGUGGAGUUAAGUGUAAUUCACUUGAGGGACAAUGAUUUUAGAGUUGAACAUGGCGGUGUAAGCAUGACUGUCACGAUAUCCACUCAUCAGAAGGAUCAGAUGGAGCAUAUUCACAUUUGGCAUGGAUCAAGCCAUCACCAUUUUAAACAGAGAAAGGGACUUGCUCUUGUUGAUAUUGAGGAUUAUCAUAAAAAAUCUACUCCUGAGGCAUUCUCGUCACAUCCAACUGGGACAGUGGUGGCUCCUAUGGCUGGUUUGGUGGUCAAGGUUUUGGUGAAAGAUGGAACAAAAGUAACAGAAGGGCAGCCUAUAUUGGUUUUAGAAGCUAUGAAAAUGGAGCAUGUUGUGAAGGCAACAACUGCUGGUUACAUCAGUGGGCUACGAGUUACUGCCGGCCAACAGGUUUCUGAUGGUGCUGCUUUGUUCACUGUAAAGGAAUGAAAUUUGCUGAAGAGGAUGUCCUAAAUUUGAUUGUGGUCAAGGUGGGAUGGACCAGGGGAUUAAAAGCCCAUAAUAUUCAUCUUGUUUAAUGAUGGAUGUCCCCUUUUUUAAUAUAUCCCUUCCGUUUCUAACCUGUGACUGUACUUACCACAUGUUAAAAUCAUAAAGCUGCAAUUUGGCUGGGAAA